GUCCACGAACGAUGAAAGCGCGCCCCCGAGACUUCAGGUGAAUGGAGAGUGGGAGCGAGACCGGGGUUACGGUUCAGUGUGUGUCGGAGAAAAGGACGAAAUUAAGAAAAUGAACUGCAACAGCUCGUUCUGGGCACAUGUGUUCAUGACAGCGUAUCUACUAUGGGUCACGGGUUGUGUUGCACAGAAAGUCUACUUUGACUGUGGAGCGAAGGUGGAUGUGGUGGAUGUCCAAGGCCUCAUCCUGUCUCCGGGUUUUCCAUAUAACUACUCCUCAGGGACCCACUGUGUCUGGCAGUUCUUUGUGCCCAUUGGCCACCAGCUUGCUCUGGAGAUAUUUGACUUUGAUGUCUUUGAGAGCCAGGAACCUACGGCCGAAUACUCUGCGGUCUCAGACAUGGAAGAGGCCGAUGCUGAUGCAGUCGGUUGGGCGACUGUCCCACCAGGGAGUCAUGUCAUGGAUGAAGACACCACCCUACCUCCAGCUCAGAGGGACUCAGUGAAAGGCCCCCAGUCUUCCCAAGAUGACGAGGUCAAGCAGGUUCUGGUGCAAGGGCAGUCUACCAAGAUAGAGGUUGCCAAAGUCUCCAACUCUGCUAAAAGGUCUACCUCCGAUGCCAUCACCCCACAGCCCCACUCAUACCAGCUACUGCCGGGGUCCCCAGCACCGGCAGGGAAGUCCGCUAAAUCUGCCACCACUCCUGUCCUCCGAGACGACCUCGACCUUAACCCAAGAGCAUCUGCACCAGAUCCAGGCCUGGCUGUAGUUAUAGGUGAGGCCACCGCUCUGACCCCUCCGCUUCCCACAGACACAGAGUCGGUCAGCCCGGAGACCCAGCAGUCGGUGGUGGACGCCUGCCCCCACGAUGUCCUCUACAUCUCGGACCUCCUCACCUUCGCCUCGCGCUUUUGUGGCUCAAACAGGCCCUCCAGUAGUCAACUGGUGUUUGGCUCCAGCCAGGAGAUGGUGGAGGUCAUUAUGGAGCUGAUCACCACCACCCACUGGGGUCGUGGCUUUGCCUUGCUCUUCCACUACCACAACCAGACAGAACUGAGUGAAGAUUACCCCCGGCACGCCUUGGCCCCUGCUGGGGCCAGCAAGGUGGAUUCUCUGCUGGCUGCCAUGAGCGGAGCUGCCUUCUUUGCCAUGGUGCUCACCAGUGCUCUAUGCAUCGUAUUCAGACCUAAACUAUGUCCGAAAAGAUCCAGCUCCUGCUCAUCCAACAACUCUGAGGUGCAGGAGGGAGUUCAGAACUCUGGUGCCGAUGUCAGUGAGCUGCAGCUGGUGUCUCCAGAUCAGCCUGGCCAGGAGGUCCCUGCCCCUGCAGAGAACCACAACCACUCCCUCAGCGUCACACACACAGGUUCCCCAGUCGGAGUUGGUGAUCUGUCCCAGAAUGCUGAAGUGGACCUCUCGUCCAAUGGUCUCACGGAACUGGACUUGGGGACAGAUGAGGUGUUUAUCAUUUCUUCUGUGUCCAGUCCAAGCAGCCGACUGAUGUACCCUGACCAUGUGCAGCGGGAGAGGUUUCUGAGGCAUAGUGACACCAGUGCUGGCACAGUGAGUGGCUGGCCGUCUCCAGACCCAGCUGCCUCCCCCACAGGGACCCGCGCUGCGCAGGAUGGCAUUGCCAGCUGUGCCCGACCCCGGGCCUGGAGUGUCCGAACCUUCCAGGACUUCCUCCCUCCGCUGCCCCAGUUACAUAAGAAGUGGUGCAGUUGGAACUCAACCAGCCCUUUCACCAAGCUUGUGGACAGCGCCCCAUCUGGUCUGGUGUCAGACUGCCAUGGGGAAGACAGCAGAAAGGUGUUCUCUGACCCUCAGCUGGAGGUCCAGAACAACAGUAUUGCCUCCGACUCCUCCAUGAGUAAUGCCUCGUACCCCCUCACUCAGCCUGCUCAGCGCCAGCGCCGGCUUAACUCUACGAGCAAUCUGCGACGCUCCCGCUUCACUGGGCCCUGUUUCGGCCUGCUCUCUGGGUCCAGCCCCUCAGACAGCACUAAGGCCACUGGGGGACCCCACCUGCAGGCCUCCCAACCUGAGCCCAAUAACACCCCCUCUGGGCAGAGUGGAAUUUCCUGCGAUUUCCCAGCUGAGAGUGACCACGUCAGUGUCCCAGUGUUUGCCAUAUGUGAGGAGGAGGACCGGCAGCCCCUGGUUCUGGCUGAGCACCUGGGCCAAUGCUCCAUGGUGAAUGGACUGAUCCAGGGGCCAUUCGAUGGGAAGGGGCCUGGUUCCCAGAGCGCAGCCAAUGGCCCCCUCCAAAGAGGGAGGUCCGAGUGGAGGCCAUGGGGGAGUCAGGCCUCGGGAGGUGCCAGUCCUCACCCUCUCCCCUCUGACAAACUAACAGCUACCAACACCACCGAGUUGAAGAGCACCUUCGUGCACAGCACAGCCAAUCAGAUCCAGAUGCCUUCCCUAAGCCAAUCGGUGCCAUGCAGUGUGACGGGCAAGGAGAUGUAACUAGUUAGUCCAUCAUUCGGCCCAUGUGACAGAGUGGACAGACAGCAAAGACUUCUGGGUUGGCCCAGCAAAGCAAUAAUGAACUCUUUAGUGCCACAUUUGUCAAAUGGAAACCUUACCUUUUUGAUUACUAAAAUCAAGUUUCAGAUGACAUUUCUACAUUCUUAAAGUUGAUUUCUUUCAUACUUGUUCCCAUAUUUUUUACAAGGUUAAAACGUCUUCAUCUGCUGUCUAUUACACAAAGGCAUUUAACAUUGGUAUGAAACAGGUGGAAUGUCAAUGUUAAAACAAUCCUUGUUAGUUUUCUUUCAAGAACAUAACAGUUCACAAGUUUUUGUAGCACUUUUGUACUAGUUAAUCAAUUUGAUUCCUGCCAUCGAAUUGAAAAUCUUAAAACGUGAAGCACUUUCAGCGGAAUAACUCACACUUGUGGAUUGUGCCAAUUUGUGCUUUUUGUUCUUCUGAGAACCAUGGGCCUUGAAGCUGUGAAUUAUAAUCCCACCACAGAGAUCCAUGGUUCUUUCUGUUUGGUCCUCCAGUGUUAAACAGAUUUAGAUCAAAGUAUAUUAACAUCAAUGCUGCAACACUAUGUAUAAAAAUGUACUCCUAAGGCUGAUAUUGGAUUAUAAAAGGGAAAUGAUUACUGUAAUAACAAAAGUAACACAUGCAAUAACAUUCAAUAGAAGUAGGCCUGUCAUAAAGAUACAUGUAGAAGUUGUAACAGAAAAGAAAUAGGCUUGGUGGGAAUUUAUGUGCAAAGAAAGUUUUAAUAAAGGUUAUCUAUGUAAA